AUGGCAUCAUUCUCAUGCUCCACGGGGGUGAUCCGCUCGCUGCACACCCUGGGCCGUCUGGACCACGCCUUCUGCACGGAGACCCGGCCCUACAACCAGGGAGCCCGGCUGACUGCCUUCGAGCUGGUCUACGAGCAGAUCCCCGCCACGCUCAUCGCCGACAGCACGGCAGCAGCCGCCAUGGCCCACAGAGGGGUGUCAGCCGUCAUCGUAGGAGCCGACCGCGUGGUUGCCAACGGUGACACAGCCAACAAGGUGGGCACCUACCAGCUGGCCAUCGCUGCCAAGCACCACGGCAUCCCCUUCUACGUGGCUGCCCCCAGCUCCUCGUGUGACCUCCAUCUGGAGACAGGCAGGGACAUCGUCAUCGAGGAGCGCCCAGGGCGGGAGCUGACCGACGUCAACGGGGUCAGGAUUGCAGCCCCUGGGAUUGGGGUUUGGAAUCCUGCCUUCGAUGUCACCCCCCACAACCUUAUCACCGGCGGCAUCAUCACAGAACUGGGGGUCUUUGCUCCUGAGGAGCUCCGGGCAGCCCUAAGCACCACCGUCUCCUGAGGGCGGGUACCCCAGCUGGACCCCAGAAGUAACCGAGCUGACUCUC